GGAGAAAAGUUUUUGUGCUUGGAGUCCGUAGCUAUGGUGGUGGCUUCACCGAACCCGAGUCGAGCCGAAAAGCCGGAAGCCAUAGAGCUUCCGGUGAUAAACCUCUCGGCCGAGAGAACAGAGGUCGCAAAGCUCAUUACGAAAGCCUGCGAGGAGUACGGUUUCUUCAUGGUGAUCAACCAUGGAGUGUCGGAGGAAACCAUCGCGGCAAUGGAAGAAGAAGGUCUCAACUUCUUUACGAGGCCGGAUGUCGAAAAGCAAAGAGCCGGGCCGGCUGUACCUUACGGCUAUGGCCGUAAGAACAUCGGUUUCAAUGGCGAUAUUGGUGAAGUUGAAUACCUUCUUCUUCAUACCAAUCCUCUUUCCAUUUCUCAGAGCUCCAUUACCAUCUCCGGUGACCCCCAAAAGUUCUGUCCUCAGAUCUUGACCAUCUUGAGAUCCAACGACGUCGGCGGCCUGCAGAUUCGUGUAGCCGAUGCUGUCUGGGUCCCUGUUCCCCCUGACCCUACUGCCUUUUGUGUCAACGUAGGUGAUGUUUUACAGGCAAUGACCAAUGGGAGAUUCAUGAGCGUGAGGCACAGAGCACUGACCAAUAUCAACAAGCCAAGGAUGUCAAUGGCCUAUUUUGGGGCACCACCACUCCAUGCAAGAGUCACUGCCCCUCCAGAGCUGGUCACACCCCAUAGCCCUUUGCUGUAUAGGCCUUUCACAUGGGGUGAAUACAAAAAAGCUUCAUAUUCUCUCCAGCUUGGUGACAGCCGCCUUCAACUUUUCAGAAAAUGAACGUGCUGGUUAGACCAGUUUGAUUCCCUGCAAUUUUGGCUGUAAAACCUUCAAAUCUUCCAUAGUUUUUGUUUACAGGUUGAAAAAAAUGUUUUAUCCAUAUA